AUGUGGAUUUUUCUUAAACUUAUUCAUCACUGCAAUAUCGAAUUUCCGCGAGAACUGUGUGAAGAAAAUAGCGGUGCUGUUCUAGCAAGGUGGAACAUAGCGUCCGUCUUCCUGGAACAGCGCCGAAAUUACUUUUUUGGUUCAGUCUGUCGAUAUCUACGAUUUUUCCAGACCACGCUUGCAUGGAUGGAACGGAUACUAUCCCGCAAACAGGAGUUGGAUGAUCAGAUUGAUGAUAUGGUUGAAGUGGACAAGAUCUCCUUCACUAGCUCUACCACGCUUGCAUGGAUGGAACGGAUACUAUCCCGCAAACAGGAGUUGGAUGAUCAGAUUGAUGAUAUGGUUGAAGUGGACAAGAUCUCCUUCACUAGUUUCGCGAGUUCUGAUGACGGCGAUCUUCGAAUGUCUGUUCAGCAAAGCCCUAUACCAUCUAAUUUCUCCGAUUUCAAAACGGCGUCUGAGCUUUCCCUUCAUUGCCAACAUAGAUCUAGGUCCGACUCGGAAAAUGAAUCGCCUGCCGACAGUCCAUCUUGCUCAAGAGUCGAUACGUCUUGUCCAGUUCCUACGCCAUCGUCCUCUACGUUGGAUCAGGAUGUCGUCCCCGAAGCAAUGGUGAAAUCGGGCUCAGCCUCCUCUUCAUUUUGCAUUGAUCACGCAUGGAUAAAUAACCUCUCUUUUACCAAUGAAUUGGAACCUAUACCGGAAAUUGUCUCUCGGGAGCCAUAUUGGAAGGAAAUGGAGCGGGAGUUUAUUGCUCUACGUCUGCGUGAUGCUAAUGUAUCAAAGGAUUUGGAGGAGUCAAAUAUGUAUAUGUAUUCGCUUCGCCUUACAUUGGCUGCGAUAGAGGAGGCCCGAUGGCUGAAUGACGUGUCAAAGGAUCCCGAGUUGUCUCGUUUAGUUCACGAG